UUCAUCUCCUCUCUCUCUUCACUCUCUGUCUCUCUUUGUGCAUAACAUCAGCUUCUCUUGUUGUUUUCUUGCUUGCUGCGGUCUUAUCUCUCAGCCCUUUUGCUUUGGUGUCCUGUCAAGAAAAUGUCCAUAUGAAAAGAUCGAGUGAGAAUCACAGUGUUCCGACCAAAAAAGAUGAAGCGUUUGGGCUCUGUGAUGUUCAUGGCAUUGGUGUUUAUGAACUGGGCAAAUGGGUAUGAGGACUUGAACAUGACAGAGCUGCUCUACAGCUACAGGGACGCCGAAUAUGGCAUCAGUGGGAGGCCAUUGAUGGUCGGUCUUACUCUUAUUUAUGGUGCUGCUGCCAAAGGUGCAGUCUGCCUUGAUGGGAGUUUACCAGGUUAUCACCUCCACCAAGGAUACGGAUCGGGCGCUAAUAGUUGGCUCAUUCAGUUGGAGGGAGGAGGAUGGUGCGAUACAAUCAGAAACUGUGUAUACCGUAAGAAGACGCGGCGUGGUUCGUCCACAUACAUGGAGCGGCAGAUUCCCUUUACCGGGAUAUUGAGCAACAAAGCUGCCGAAAAUCCUGAUUUUUUCAAUUGGAACAGAGUCAAAAUCCGUUACUGCGACGGAGCAUCUUUUAGUGGGGACAGUCAAAAUCAGGCAGCACAAUUAUAUUUUCGAGGACAACGCAUUUGGUCAGCUGCAAUGGAAGAGUUAAUGUCGAAGGGAAUGCGCUACGCUAAUCAGGCUCUUCUUUCCGGGUGCAGUGCGGGUGGGGUGGCUUCUAUAAUGCACUGCGAUGAGUUCCGGAAUCUUUUCUCCGGUUACACAAGAGUCAAGUGCCUGAGUGACGGUGGAAUGUUCCUCGACGCGAUGGAUGUGUCGGGGAGGCGCACUUUAAGAAGAUUGUUCAGAGGAGUGGUUAGCCUACAGGGAGUCCAAAAGAACCUUCCAGGGAGCUGUACCAAUCAUCUGAAUCCCACCUUAUGCUUCUUUCCACAGCAUCUGAUUGGCGCUGUCGAGACUCCAUUGUUUCUUGUAAAUGCAGCUUACGAUACUUGGCAGGUCUUGGCCAGUCUAGCUCCUCCGUCGGCUGAUCCUCGCGGCUACUGGAGCCAAUGCAGAAAGAACCACGCCUAUUGUACCGCCCCACAGAUCAAUUUUCUGCAAGAUUUUCGGUAUCAAAUGCUGAGAGCCCUUACCAGCUUCUCGAGGUCCAGCAAAAACGGACUCUUCAUAAAUUCUUGCUUCUCUCAUUGCCAGACCGAGAGGCAGGACACGUGGUUCGCCCCGCAGUCGCCGCACAUCGGAAACAAGGGCAUUGCUCAGUCGGUCGGGAACUGGUAUUUCAAUCGAGGCGGCGCCAAGGCCAUCGACUGUCCAUACCCUUGCGACAAUAGCUGCCACAAUCUGGUGUUCCGCUGAUCGAGUCGCCGUCUGCCAGCCCUUCGACGUGUCGUAACUCUCGAUUUAUUAUUCCGGGGAAACAACCGUACAUUGCGGAAAGAGAAUAAGAGAGCUUGCUAAAGAGCAGGUUCAGCGAUCAGCAGCGAGCUGAUGCCAUUGAUUUGAACACCUCGUAUGAUGAACACUUAAGAUUUGUAGCAAUGUUGAUCUCUCGGUUUAGAACUGAACGAUGCUUGUACCUUUAAAAAGUGUCCGUGCAUUUAUUUCA